UGUCAAAUUGCUCAGGACAGACGGACAUCGGAAGCUUUCUUUCUUUGUUGUAUUCGUCGUCGUCGUCGUCGUCUCCGGCAGAAGAGAAGAGAGAGAGAGAUGGGUGGAGCCCAGUUGAUGAAGCGAAUCCCUCGCAUCAAAUUUCCUCAGAGACAUCCAAAGCCCGCUGGUUCUGAAUCCCAGACAGCAGCACCUUUGGCUGGAGAUUCUGUUCAAGCUUUCUUCUCAAGUUCAAAGGCUUCAACAACUUUGGGAGGAAAAGCUUCUGAACAACCCCCACGAACACCAGUAUCCAAAGAAGAGAUUGAGGCUAUUUUGUUGGGUGGCUGCAUCUGAUCUUCUCCUGAUCUUAAAUAAUGGAGGUUUAUAUUCUGCACAUCGUUCUGACCAUUUUAAGCACUUGGUAGUGCUCCUAGUUCACUUUUCAUUGUUUGAACGACAACUACUGGCUGAAAUUCAUAAAUGUAGUCAAACAGCUUAAAUAUGUGAUGUUGAAUUCCAUCCUUGACA